AUGGCUGCCCCGAGCCCCCAAGACGCUCUCAUCCGCGAGAUGAGGGAACAGAUUGCGGCCUUAACGGCCCGUCUAAAUGAACGCUCUCUGUCUGUUGAAUCAAAUCGACAGCACCGGGAGCCCUCGACUGCUUUUGCCGGCCCAAAUGGCCCGGCCUUCCGACCAACAGGCAAAGCUGCCUGGCCUGUUUUUGCCCCCUUCCCAGAGGGCAAGAACCCCGAGUACAGCGACGCCGCCAAAUCGCGCAUCAAGGCCUCCGCGACGUUCUCAGGAAAGAAGGACGAGUUCCAUUCCUUCAUCCUGAGCAUAAAGAACAAAUUUGACGAAGACGUACGAACCUUCCGGACUGAGAACAGCCGGAUGACCGACAUUGUGGACUUCCUUGCGGAAUUUGACUACUUAACUGCGACCGGUCGUGUGCCCGAGGACCAGAUGAAGCAUACCUUGUGGCAGCACAUCCCGGCCAACCUAGAUAACAGCCUCUUGACCAAGACCCGUGACGAGUCCGUGACCUACGAGGUUUUCUGUGGGUUCAUUAAGGACGCUGUCCACUGCCAGAAGAGGAGUAUGAGGCAGACACAGGACUCCCGCUCUUCCGACCGAUCUCGCCGCGCGCCGACUAAGACUGCUCCGACUACCGCCAAGACUCCGAACAAGACCGGCUCGACCCUAUCACCUCGCGUGAUGCUGGCAGAGCCUUGA